AGUGUUGCGCUCUGAAGAGAACCUGAAACAGAACCUUUGGGUAUCGACAAUCGAUAAGAGACUUAGCGGGGCACAGAUUGACGUUGUUCCCAACCCUACGAAAUUUCCUCCUCCUUCCACCAUCCCAGAGUCUUCACUCAUACACCACUAAGACACCAUGGUCUCCGCCUCGAAAGCUGCCCGCCAAGCGAAGCGCGCCGCUGACGGCGAUGCGAAGCCCAAGAAGACGGCCACUUCCAAGUUGUCGUCCAAGGCCAACUCCAAGAAUGCCUCCAAGGCCAACUCUGAGAACGGCGACGAGGCCGAGGACCUCGAGCUGAACGAGGAGGUCAAGAAGCUCACCAUGCAGGAGGACAAGCACGGUCUGUCUGACCGUGUCACCACCGGUGUGCUCGCCUCGCUCGAGCAGUCGCGCGAUGUCAAGAUCAUCUCUGCAUCGCUCGUCUUCCACGGAAAAGUCCUCUUCAACGACUCCACCCUCGAGAUCAACUACGGCCGACGAUACGGUCUGUUGGGUGAGAACGGUUGCGGAAAGACCACUCUUCUCAAGGCCAUCGACAAGCGCGAGUUCCCCUUCCCAGAGCACAUCGACAUUUACCUGCUGAACCAGGGUGCCCCCAAGACCGAGUUGGGUGCCUUGGAGUGGGUCGUCCGUGAGGCUGAGAACGAGUUGGCCCGUCUUGAGAAGCUGGCCGAGGACAUUCUUGAGAAGGAUGGUCCCGAGAGCCCUCUUCUCGACGACAUCUACGAGCGUCAAGAAGACAUGGACCCAUCAACCUUCCAUACCCGCGCAUCUCUCAUUCUCACUGGUCUCGGCUUCAACAAGAACACCAUCAACAAGAAGACAAAGGACAUGUCCGGUGGAUGGCGUAUGCGUGUCGCGCUCGCCAAGGCGCUGUUCGUCAAGCCUGCCCUCCUGCUGCUCGACGACCCCACUGCCCAUUUGGACUUGGAGGCUUGUGUGUGGCUUGAGGAGUACAUGAAGAAGUGGGAGCGCACUUUGGUUCUCGUGUCCCACUCCAUGGACUUCUUGAACGGUGUCUGCACAAACAUGAUUGACAUGCGUCAAAAGAAACUCCUCUACUACGGAGGGAACUACGACACAUACCACAAGACUCGUACUGAGCAGGAGGUCAACCAGACCAAGGCCUACGAGAAGCAGCAAGAUGAGAUCAAGCACAUCAAGAAGUUCAUUGCUUCCGCUGGUACCUACGCCAACUUGGUCAGGCAAGCCAAAUCUCGACAGAAGAUUUUGGACAAGAUGGAGGCUGACGGUCUCAUCGAGCCCGUUGCCGUUGACCGUGUCUUCACUUUCCGUUUCGCCGAUGUCGAGAAGCUGCCACCACCUGUGCUUUCGCUCGACGAUGUCACCUUCUCUUACUCUGGAGACUCAAAGGAUAACCUGUACGAGAACCUUGACUUUGGUGUCGACAUGGACUCUCGAACAGCUCUUGUCGGACCCAACGGUGUUGGAAAGUCGACUUUGCUCAACAUCUUCACUGGAAAGCUCAGCCCCACAUCUGGUGUCGUAUCGCGCCACACUCACUUGAAGCUCGGUGUGUACAGCCAGCACUCUGCUGAACAGCUCGACCUCACCAAGUCUGCCCUCGACUUCGUCCGCGACAAGUUCCACCACAUCAGCCAAGAUCUUCAGUACUGGCGUCAACAGCUCGGCCGUUACGGUAUGACUGGUGAGGCCCAGACCUCCAAGAUGGCUACUCUGUCCGAUGGUCAGAAGUCCCGUAUUGUCUUCGCCCUGCUUGCUAUUGAGGGACCCAACAUGUUGUUGCUCGACGAGCCUACCAACGGUCUGGAUAUCCCAACCAUUGACAGUUUGGCUGAUGCCAUCAACGCUUUCAGCGGUGGUGUCGUCGUUGUUUCUCACGACUUCCGAUUGCUCGACAAGAUUGCGAAGGAUAUCAUGGUCUGCGAACACAAGACCGUCCGCCGGUGGGACGGAAGCAUUGGCGAGUACAAGAACCAUCUCCGCAAGAAGAUGGCAUCGACUGGUGCUCUCUAAGCGGAUUUUGGGAGUGUUUUCGCUAGUUACACGCGUCCUCCGAGCUGCGGAACGCAGGUACAACAAAAAGUAAUGGCCUUAGAGCAGGUUUUCAGGAUACCUCUGCAGUAGGCCGGCAGCUCAUCGCUACCUGCGUCAGUGUCGUUCUGCAUGGGUAGAGACAUCUGGAUUAUGCGUUAUGAUGCAUUGGUUCUUAGAGGAGUUUUAGAUUUGCCUUACGAUCAGAAUGAUAUCACAUAGAAGCAUAUAUUGU